ACAAAGUAAGAAGCACAACCCACAUGCUCUUGUGUAUUCACAGCAGCAGUGUCCUCUUGGGUAACAACUAGUUUUGUGCCUGGUGACUGCAUGCUAGAAUUAGUGAAUAACCAUACCAACAGCAGCUGUAGAAAUACUAAUAUGAUGGUUUUCAUUACACUUUCUUUAUGACUUGUAACAUUGUCAUUGAAACAGCCUGAUUCUUUUUUAAAAUUUGUUCAGUUACAUAGUGAAGUCUACUUUUAUCUUUCUAUUUUUAAUGAACAUGGAGUUGUAUUUUUCUUCAUUUCUUAGCUUAUGGCUAGACAGGUUUUAAAAACAUAAUUUUUUUGAUUUGAGAAGAAAGCAUGCUCAUUGAAUAAUAAGCUUUGGAGAAGAAUGAAGAGGAGAAAAGUCACCUGCAAUUCUACUUACUAGUGAUCGCCAUUAGCAACAUUUGGUGGAUUUUGCUCAUCUUUUAAUGACAUGUUUGGAUGCAUAUGUGUGUGUAUAGUAUCCUCCUUUCUUAAAUGCUGUAUUAUGGAUAUUAUGUUAUUAUUCAGUAAUAAGAGUUUGACUAUUGCAAUAUCAUCUGUGUUAUGGAACUACCAGGCUUUAUUUAAAUGCUGUCUGAUAGACAUUUGAAAAACUAGAUUGUUAGAUAUUAUAUGAUGAGAAGAGAUAAAAAUAGAAUUUGAGAUAUUUAAUUUCCUACUCUUUUUAAGUUAUGAAAACUUAUUUACUUGAGCUGUUUAUUAGAUAUGUGUCUAGGAUAUAUGAAUUAUUUUUGAACUCAUUAGACUGGCAUGUUAAUUUCAUAAGCAAAAGUCUGGCCAUGGAAGGCAGUGUUUGUUUUUGCGUGGUAUGGUAUUAAAAGACAGAAGAUUUAUCCCCAUCGCUUUUUAUCUGAAUAACCUUUGGAAGAAAACAUUCCCUCCAUAAUGAGUCACAGAUUCAGAUGGCUUUUCUUCCCUGUGCUGUGUUGGUAUAUUAAAAUUUGUUAACAAUUACAAGUAUUUUUAACUGCAAUGGUUUCGUGUAGCACAAUUGAGUGAUGGCUACUUUGAGGUUCCUGAGAUGACUCGCUGAAUUGGUUUGUCCUUGCCUGGACGUGACCAGUCAUGUGGCUAGUGGCCAUUUGAGUGGGCUGCCUUCAUCCCUGUGGGGUGUGCUGAGGCAUGGCUGCUGGUGUCUGGUUAGCUUUGAGGCUCCCACCGUCUCUGCAGAGCCCACAGCUCGGCCCCUAGCUCUGGUGUGUGGGUUCCGCCCUGAGACCCAGCCCUUUCUAACACCCUGCCCUUGGGUGAGUCAGGCACAACUCUUUAACUAACCUUGUUUCCUCUCUGGUUUCUUGGGGGUUGAGCCUGACUCUGUGCUGUGGUUAUGAGGCUGGAAUGGGGAGAAGCCAGUGAACACACUGGACAUGGGUGGACGGCGGGCAGUGAGGCAUGUCCUCAGGUCAGCCGUCUGAGUCACAGGCCCUAAGAUGCACAGCUGUGACGAUGCUCCCCUUGCAGGUUCAUUUUCCAGACACUGAAAGAGCAGAAUGGCUAAAUAAGACUGUAAAACACAUGUGGCCUUUCAUUUGCCAAUUUAUAGAGAAGUUGUUUCGAGAAACUAUAGAGCCAGCCGUGCGGGGAGCAAACACCCACCUUAGCACUUUUAGUUUCACGAAGAUCGACAUGGGCCAGCAGCCCCUCAGGAUUAAUGGUGUUAAGGUAUAUACUGAAAAUGUAGACAAGAGACAAAUUAUUUUGGACCUUCAGAUCAGUUUUGUAGGAAAUUGUGAGAUUGAUUUGGAGAUCAAACGCUAUUUUUGUAGAGCUGGUGUGAAAAGCAUUCAGAUUCACGGUACCAUGCGGGUGAUUCUGGAACCGUUGAUUGGAGAUAUGCCUUUAGUGGGAGCUUUGUCUAUCUUCUUCCUUAGGAAACCACUUUUAGAAAUUAACUGGACAGGACUGACGAAUCUCCUGGAUAUCCCUGGAUUGAAUGGUUUAUCAGAUACUAUCAUUUCGGAUAUAAUAUCAAAUUAUCUGGUGCUUCCCAAUCGAAUCACCGUUCCACUUGUCAGUGAAGUUCAGAUAGCUCAGUUGCGGUUUCCUGUACCAAAGGGUGUUCUAAGGAUACAUUUUAUUGAAGCUCAGGAUCUUCAGGGGAAAGACACUUACCUUAAGGGACUUGUCAAGGGAAAGUCGGACCCCUAUGGAAUCAUUAGAGUUGGCAACCAAAUCUUCCAAAGCAAAGUCAUCAAAGAGAACCUCAGUCCAAAGUGGAAUGAAGUAUAUGAGGCUUUAGUGUAUGAACAUCCUGGACAAGAAUUAGAGAUUGAGCUCUUUGAUGAAGACCCAGACAAGGAUGACUUUCUAGGAAGUCUUAUGAUUGAUCUUAUUGAAGUUGAAAAGGAGCGCCUUUUAGAUGAAUGGUUCACUCUGGACGAGGUUCCCAAGGGGAAGCUGCACUUGAGACUGGAGUGGCUCACGCUAAUGCCAAAUGCGUCGAACCUCGAUAAGGUGCUAACUGACAUCAGAGCUGACAAAGACCAAGCCAACGAUGGUCUUUCUUCUGCAUUGCUGAUCUUGUACUUGGAUUCAGCAAGGAACCUUCCGAGCAUCUACGAGGGAAACUUUGGGUGUGGCUACUUAAAAGAGAGGCGAGCAUCGGGACUAGUGUUUUGUGAAAAUACCACCUCAGUCUAUAGAGCACUAUUUAGUAACCCAUUAGAAUUUAACCCCGAUGUCUUGAAGAAGACUGCAGUUCAGAGAGCUUUAAAGUCGGGGAAGAAAAUAAGCAGCAACCCAAAUCCUCUUGUCCAGAUGUCAGUUGGGCACAAGGCCCAGGAAAGCAAGAUUCGAUACAAAACCAAUGAACCUGUGUGGGAAGAAAACUUCACUUUCUUCAUUCACAAUCCCAAGCGCCAGGACCUUGAAGUUGAGGUCAGAGACGAGCAGCACCAGUGUUCACUGGGGAACCUGAAGAUCCCCCUCAGCCAGCUGCUCACCAGUGAGGACAUGACACUGAAUCAGCGCUUCCAGCUCAGCAACUCGGGUCCAAACAGCACUAUCAAGAUGAAGAUUGCCCUCCGGGUGCUCCAUCUCGAAAAGCGAGAGAGGCCUCCAGACCACCAGCACUUGGCUCAAGUCAAACGGCCCUCGGUGUCCAAAGAGGGGAGGAAAACAUCUGUCAGAUCUCAUAUAUCUGGGUCUCCAGGUCCUGGCGGAAGCAACACAGCUCCAUCCACACCAGUGAUUGGGGGCGGUGAUAAGCCUGGUGUGGAAGAAAAGGCCCAGCCCCCUGAGGCCGUCCCUCAGGGGCUGCAGGACCUGGGCAGAAGCUCCUCCAGCCUCCUGGGCUCCCCAGGCCACAUCUCGGUCAAGGAGCCCACCCCCAGCAUCGCCUCAGACAUCUCGCUCCCCAUCGCCACGCAGGAGCUGCGGCAAAGGCUGAGGCAGCUGGAAAAUGGGACGACCCUGGGACAGUCUCCACUGGGGCAGAUCCAGCUGACCAUCCGGCACAGCUCGCAGAGAAACAAGCUGAUCGUGGUUGUGCAUGCCUGCAGAAACCUCAUUGCCUUCUCUGAAGACGGCUCUGACCCCUACGUCCGCAUGUAUUUAUUACCAGACAAGAGGCGAUCAGGAAGGAGGAAAACACACGUGUCAAAGAAAACAUUAAAUCCAGUGUUUGAUCAAAGCUUUGAUUUCAGUGUUUCGUUACCGGAGGUGCAAAGGAGAACUCUCGACGUCGCCGUGAAGAACAGUGGCGGCUUCCUGUCCAAAGACAAAGGGCUCCUUGGCAAAGUAUUGGUUGCUCUGGCAUCUGAAGAACUUGCCAAAGGCUGGACCCAGUGGUAUGACCUCACGGAAGACGGGACGAGGCCUCAGGCAAUGACAUAGCCGCACCAGGUGGGAGGGAGGCCCCUCUUCAGCGGAGCACCUCCACCUCUACCCGGAACACACCAAUGUUAUUUUUAUAAUUUCAUGUGUUUAGUUAUACAUACCUUAAUAGUUUUAUAAAAUUGUUGACAUUUUAGGCAAAUUUGGCCAAUAUUAUGGUUAAAUUUUAUAUGUUGGAUUUCCUCUAGGAUUUCGCCAGUUCCUACAAUGUGCAAUAGGGUGAUGAUAGCUCUUGUGUCUGUGGACUCUGCUCAGCCGUGUCUGUAGGAGGCGGAUGUGUCUGUGCUUUAUUAUGGCCUUGUUUAUAUAUCACUCAGUAUACUUUGCCAUGUAAAUAGACUAUAUUUUUUAUAAUCUUUACAUGCUGGUUUAAAUGCAAAAGAAAAUAGAUCAAGGAAAUAUAUAUUUUCUUGUAAAACUUAAUAAAUUCUUGUGACAAAUAAUCAUUUUCCUCUUUGCAGCAAAAAGUUCUCAGUGACCUAUUUUGUGGCAUUUCUUUUUAAAAAGAAAAGCUGAAAGAUUAAAUGUUAGUAUGUUUCUGCCCAUUAUGAAUGAUGAAAUAAAGUAUUCAAAAUAUUAACAUUUUCAUAAAUACAAGGAUGUAUUAUUGAGAAGUAAGUUGAAGGGCUUAUAAGGAAAAAUGUUUUAUAACUGAGUAAUAUAAGAUAUUAAGAGAAUUGUCAUGGUUCAUAAAUUAUAUUGUACUAAUCUGAAAUUUCUUACGUAAAAAUGAAAUGUCUUAAGUUUAUUUUAAUUGCUGUUAUAACUUACUUAUGAAACAGUAUACAGACACCUUGUUCUUUUCCUAAAAUAUAAGAACAGACUUUCAAUGUUAGCAAUUAAGCUACUGCCAAAUAGUCAUGAGCAUUGUUAAUUUUCAGUGUCUUCCCAGCCUAUAAAAAAAAGAAAGUGCAUGUUGUCCUUUUAAAGGUUGUGAGGUAGAUUGGGAUGCGUAGUAGGAAAUUGCAUUAGAAACUGAAAGCUCGAUCUCUCAUUAUUGGGAACACCUAGUGUGACGUCACACAUAGGAUGUGGGAACUGUGAGCCGAUGUGCACCGGCCACCACCAGGGUUGAGGGUGCCACAGCUGCGAGCACAGCCCCUGCUGCUCUCAACAGCCACUUCCUAGCUGCUUCACUUUAUGCCACGACUAACCUUAAUGUUAGGAUGCUGUUAUGCAAUGUUUAUUCUGUUUAGACUAUUGAAAGCAUGUUUAUGUACUUAAGAGGCCCCCAGACCUCCUGUGAGGUGAGGCUCUGUUGCAGUGUCAUAGGCUGUGGUGUCUGUAAAGAAAGAAUGCACGUAUGUAGAUGAUUAAGUGUAUGUUGUAAGCUCUGUGCUGAAAAUGGCUUCUGUAGCCAUGAAAACAUCUUAAAGCUAUGUAUAAAUGUCUGAGGAAAAUACAGCUUUGUAAUUGAAAUCAGA